AGGAAGCUUCAACUUCUUUACAGAGAACCUUGAGGAUGUUACGUAUCCGUCGAUGUCUCCUCUGCAAAUUUAUCAUGGAUCAAUUUUAGGCAACAAUGGGUCAUGUGAAUGAAGGAGACAAUAGUCACAUGUACCAGAUGGAAAACUGUCUUUCUCUUUUUUAAAUAUGACAUAUCGCCGCUAUAGCUCUGGUCCCAAUAUCAAUUUCUUGGUCCCAGUAGAAUACACGUUAUUAAAUACAUGCAGAGGUUAGAAAAUGAGCUUGGAAGUGAGACACCAGAUUGCCAUGGACGAAAAUAAUAGCAGUGUGAAGCAGCUUGACAUCGCAAUGCUUCCAUGGCUGGCAUUUGGUCACUUGAUUCCAUUUCUUGAACUAGGAAAGCUUAUGGCCGCCAAAGGCCACAAAAUUUCCUUCAUAUCAACUCCUCGAAACGUUGAUCGUCUCCCUCAAAUCCCACAAACCUUAACUCCUUACAUAAAUUUCAUCAAAAUCAAUCUGCCAAAGGUCGAAAACCUUCCAGAGAACGCAGAAUCUACAAAGGACGUACCCUUUGAUGAUGUUAAGUACCUCAAAAUCGCUUGUGAUGGACUCCAAAAACCUGUCUCAGAUUUCCUUAAAACCACAUCUCCAGAUUGGAUCAUCUCUGAUUUCUGUACCUAUUGGUUAGGGCAAAUAGCAGUGAAACAUGGUGUCCGUAUUGGUUAUUUUAGUGUCUUUCCGGCUGUAACACUCGGUUUUAUGGGUUCCCCGGAGGUUUUAAUGUACGGAGACGAUGAGCAGCAGAAGAUGUUGGAAGACUUCAUUAAAAGGCCAAGGUGGGUUUCUUUCGAAUCCGAUGUUCGACCAAGCCUGUUUCAGCUUACUAGAAUGACAUCAUUAACUUAUAAUGUCAAAGAUGAUAAUGAGAAACACGUCGGAGAUAUGUAUCGCCUUGGAGCCACCAUCCAAGGCAGCGACGUGGUGCUUGUGAGAAGUAGUUUGGGUUUCGAGCCUGACUGGUUGAAUCUCCUAAACCAACUUUACAAGAAACCCGUGAUUCCAGUAGGGCUUUUACCGGCAAUAACUACUACAAAUAAUGACAACGAUACUAAUUGGCGGGAAGCGAGAGAGUGGUUGGAUAAGCGUGAGAAAGGGUCGGUUGUUUAUAUCGGUUUUGGUACCGAAACAAAACCAAGUCAAUAUGAGCUAACACAGCUGGCUUUAGGGUUAGAGCUUAGUGACUUACCUUUUUACUGGGUGUUAAUUGAUCAACGUGGGUCAUCUGAUGAUGAAGUGAUCAAGUUGCCACAUGGGUUUGAGGAUCGGACUCGUGAACGUGGUGUGGUGUGUACGAGUUGGGCACCACAGUUCAAGAUACUGAGUCAUGAAGCCGUGGGUGGUUUGUUGAUCCACUCGGGUUUGAGUUCGGUCGUGGAAGGGCUUCAACUAGGUAAACCACUUGUGUUGUUUCCAAUGUUGAUAGACCAAGGUUUGAUUGCAAGUUAUUUGGUGGAGAAGAAGAUUGCGUGUAUGAUUUAUAGGGAGGAGGUGGACGGGUCGUUUGAACCAGAAUCGGUGGCUGACUCGCUGAGUCUUGUGAUGGUUAAACAAGAGGGGAAAAUGUAUAGAGAGAAAGCUAAAGAGAUGAUGUCUUUGUUUAGUGACAGAGAGAUUCAAGACAAGUGUUUGGAUGAGCUUAUUCAUUUUCUGAUUAACUAAUUAAUUGUCUUGCUUCUUUGGAUAUCCACGUGGUACAAGAAAGCUGGGUUGCGUUGUAAGUCUUUCUGGGUGUCUAAAUCAAAAGGGGUUGGGAAGUGGUUAAUUGAUAUUUUAUUCUGUUUUUCGAUGUCAAACGUCAACCGUUCCAUUUUAUAUUGAAGUCUCCAAGCUAUAUAAAUAAUACCGUUUGUUUUGUAUCAUAAUAUGUAAUUUUGAUUGUUUUCAAAUAAAAAGUUAAAUUAUCGAAUAAAAAGUUAAAUUAUCGAA